AUGCCUGGCCGCACCCUCCCGACCAUCACCCAGGCCGAAGUCCAGGCCCAUAACUCGGCUGAGUCGUGCUAUGUCACCAUCGGCUCCAAGGUCUUCGACAUCACCUCCUUCGUCGAGGACCACCCCGGCGGCGGCGACCUGAUCCUCGAAUACGGCGGCAAGGAUAUAACGGACAUACUGGCGGAUGAGGUCUCGCACACACAUUCGGAUUCGGCCUACGAGAUCCUCGACGAGCACCUGGUUGGCUUCGUCGCCAACGAGAAGGUGCUGGAUGCUGCCACCAAGAGCAACCAUCCCGACGGCAUUGUGCCGCUGCCGCCUACCAAGGAAGGGCUGCAGGAGUUGAACGCCAAUGGCGGCUCCAAGUACGUCUUCGCUGCUACCGGAAUGUCGUCGGCCGAAGACUUGAGCAAGGAGACGGACUUCAACUCCGAUUACAAGCAGCACAAGUUCUUGGAUCUCAGCAAGCCGCUUCUUCCACAGGUCUGGUUUGGCGGUUUCUCCAAGGAAUUCUAUUUGGAGCAGGUCCACCGGCCAAGGCACUACAAGGGCGGGAAAUCAGCUCCGUUGUUUGGCAACUUCCUCGAGCCUUUGAGCCUGACGGCGUGGUGGGUCGUUCCCACGGUUUGGCUCCCUCCUGUCUCGUACGGAGUCUACGUGGCUAGCCAGCAACUACCUUUCACUCAGCUUGGCUCGUACUUCGUCGGGGGACUCUUCAUCUGGACCCUGGUCGAGUACAUUCUGCACCGCUUCCUCUUCCAUCUGGAUGGUUAUCUUCCCGACAACCGCGUCGGCAUCACGCUUCACUUCCUCCUUCACGGCAUCCACCACUACUUGCCCAUGGACAAGUACCGGCUCGUGAUGCCUCCGACCCUCUUUUUGGUCCUUGCGAGCCCCUUCUGGAAGCUGGCUCACGCCGUCUUCUUCUACAACUGGUAUGCCGCAACUGCCGUGUACUGCGGCGGCAUCUUCGGCUACAUUUGCUAUGACCUGACCCACUACUUCCUGCACCACCGCAACCUUCCCGCCUACUACCGCGAGCUCAAGAAGUAUCACUUGGAGCACCACUUCGCCGACUACCAGAACGGCUUCGGCGUCACCAGCAAGUUUUGGGACCGUGUGUUCAACACGGAGCUGGCGCUGCCGCCGCCCAAGGUUGUCAAGACUGCCUAG